GAAUAAUGCGAAUACAUCGAUAUUAGUAAAAAUAAUGAGACAGUUUUUUUUUUUUUUUUUAGAAGAAUGAAAUGUUCAAGAUUGGGCUCUUACAUAGAAAUCCCUUUUAUUUUUAUUUUUAUGUUUCUGGCAAAAAUUAGUAGAGAAAUUAACAAAAAAAGAAUUGAAAGUAAAAAUUACAAAACACAGAGCGAAUUUGACUCGGCAUAUCCUUCGUUCUAAGAGGUCGAAGAGUUUUCCUUUCACCAAAUUGAAAAAAAAAGCUACACGUUUACACCACGUAGGAAGAAGGAAUCUCCGCCGUCCAUACAGAAGUUUCUAAAUUUCUUCCAAAAAAAAAAAAGUUCAUCCUCAUUUCAAUUUAACUUUCUCCUCAAGUCAAUUCCAAGCCUAUAAAUAGCUCAAAUUUCUUCCAUCUUUUUCGCUAUUAACCAACAAACCAAAUCGUCUUCCACGAUUUCAUCCUCAUUUCUAAAUUAAAUUUCCCUUCACUUCCAAUUCCAAAACCUUCCGACAAACAAACCACCAUGGCCGCCGCCGGAGGAGGAACAGAGGCUUUCCCCGAUCUCGGCCGCCACUGCCAGCACUCCGAUUGCCACCAACUCGAUUUCCUCCCCUUCACCUGCGACGGUUGCCAAAAGGUGUUCUGUUUGGAGCAUCGCGGUUUCAAAUCCCACGACUGCCCUAAAUCUGAUCGGAACAGCAGAAAAGUGGUGGUCUGCGAAAUCUGCUCUACGUCGAUCGAGACCACCGGGAAGGACGGCGGUGACGAGACCAGGAUUUUGGAGAGGCAUCACGAAUCGGGAAAUUGCAAUCCGAGCAAGAAGAAGAAACCCACGUGUGCAGUGAAGCGGUGCCGGGAAAUUCUUACAUUUUCCAAUACUUGUGUGUGUAAAAUCUGCCGGUUGAAGGUGUGUUUGAAGCACCGGUUCCCGGCGGAGCAUGGUUGUGGACGGCCGUCGUCGACGGCAGCGACGGUGGUGGAUAAAGGGCGGUGGAAUGAGAAGUUUAUGGCGGCUUUGGAGUUGAGGAGCGGUGGCGAUUGUGGGAAGAGGGAACGUCCGACGGCGGCGAAGGGAUCUUCUCCGACUGCCCCAUCUGUUAAAGCUUGUUGAUUACAAAUUAAUUGUAUGAGGAACCAGUUCCUCCAUUUGUUUCAUGUUAAAAAAAAAUGGUCAUGAUUAUCAAAACCUCUCUUCAAUAAUAUUCCCUUAAAAAAAUAUAUUGUAAAUAUUUAUCCACUAAUAUUUACAUGUUGCUUUGUCAACUUCUUAUUAGAAAAGAUGGGUCUGCAUAAUUUUACUUCUGGAUUC